AUGGAGGAGACGGCUGAACACAACGAGGUGGCUGCGACAUACGAGGAGGCGGAUCAGGAUUUUGCUUCGUGCCCUCGUGAGGAGCAUGAGCAGAAGGAUCUGAAUCCUCCGUGUGAGCUGCUUCGUGCUCGGAAAGAUCGUACAAAUCGAGAAAUGGAGACUGGAGCUAGUACAGCAGCGAGCGCGGCGGAUAGAGAAGUGGAGCCAGAACGGUUGGCCAAUCUGCGAGUUCAAGCCGAUGCAACGGGAACAGAAGAUGUAGCUGGGCAGUUACAGCAACUGGUUUCGGUCGUUGGUGUGCUGGCACGUCGACUGGAGAGAGUGGAGGCAGCGUCUGCGAGCUGGAGCCUGGAGCUAGUACAGCAGCGAGCGCGGCGGACAGAGAAGUGGAGCCAGAACGGUUGGCCAAUCUGCGAAUUCAAGCCGAUGAUGGGGACCAAAGCUUGCGACGUCAGCAACAAGUUUCUUCUCCUGGAUCACGAGUGGCGGAUGGCCGUUCUGCAACGGGAGCAGAAGAUGUAG